AUGAUCGGCGAUGAUAUGCUUGUCUCUCCGUCAGAGGCUAAUCAUGAUCCUCCGUCGAAGCCUACACCUGAGGAAACAGAGGCGAAACUAGAGAAGAAGGCACGACUAUGGAAGCAAUUGAGUUCUAAACGAUACAAUGAGAAGAGAAAAUUAGGGUUCGUGGAAACACAGAAAGAAGAUAUGCCACCGGAGCAUCUCAGGAAGAUCAUCAAAGAACAUGGUGAUAUGUCAUCGAAGAAGUACCGUCACGACAAGCGCGUUUAUCUCGGAGCUCUGAAGUUUGUUCCUCACGCAGUCUUCAAGCUUCUUGAGAACAUGCCGAUGCCUUGGGAGCAAGUGAGAGACGUGAAGGUUCUGUAUCACAUCACCGGAGCCAUCACGUUUGUGAACGAGACACCUUUAGUCGUUGAGCCUAUCUACAUGGCGCAAUGGGGAACGAUGUGGAUUAUGAUGCGGAGGGAGAAGAGAGAUCGCAGGCACUUUAAGAGGAUGCGGUUUCCUCCUUUUGACGACGAAGAGCCUCCGCUGGAUUACGCUGAUAAUAUUAUGGAUGUUGAUCCUUUAGAGGCGAUUCAGUUAGAGCUUGAUGAGGAAGAAGAUUCUUGUGUGCACAGCUGGUUUUACGAUCACAAGCCUUUAGUGAAGACGAGCUCCAUCAACGGUCCAAGUUACAGGAACAGGAACCUCUCGCUUCCGGUUAUGUCAACGCUUCACAGGCUCGCAGGUCAGUUGCUUUCGGAUAUGGUUGAUCGGAACUACUUCUAUAUGUUUGAUUUGCCAUCUUUCUUCACUGCCAAGGCAUUGAACAUGUGUAUUCCUGGUGGUCCUAAGUUUGAGCCUCUGUAUCGUGACGUGGAGAAGGGAGACGAGGAGUGGAACGAGUUUAACGACAUCAACAAGCUUAUCGUGAGAACGAGAACGCGGACCGAAGGAAGAGUGGCUUUCCCUUACUUGUACAACAACAGACCAAGGAAAGUGAAACUCUCUUCGUAUCACACUCCAAUGGUUAUGCAUAUUAAGAGCGAGGAUCCUGAUCUUCCAGCGUUUUACUAUGAUCCUUUGAUCAACCCUAUAAGUAACUCUAAUCAAGGAUUUCGUGACAGGAAAGUUGAUGUUGAUGAUGAUGAUGACUUUGUCUUACCAGAUGGAGUUGAGCCUCUGUUACAGGGAACCGAGCUUUACAGUGACACUACAAGAGAUGGGAUCUCGUUGCUAUUUGCUCCGAGACCGUUCAAUAUGAGGUCUGGGAAGACGCGGAGGGCAGAAGAUAUACCGCUGGUCUCAGAGUGGUAUAAGGAGCAUUGUCCUGCAUCGUAUCCGGUGAAAGUUCGGGUUAGUUACCAGAAGCUUUUAAAGUGUUAUGUGCAGAAUGAGUUACACCGUAAGCCACCUAAAGCUCAGAAGAAGAAGGACUUGUUCAGGUCUCUUGCAGGUACAAAGUUUUUCCAGAGCACAGAGAUUGAUUGGGUUGAAGCGGGUCUGCAAGUCUGCAGGCAAGGGCAUAACAUGUUGAAUCUGUUGAUACACAGGAAGGGCUUGAACUAUCUGCAUCUUGAUUACAACUUCAACCUGAAGCCAAUCAAGACUUUGACGACAAAGGAGAGGAAGAAGUCACGUUUUGGUAAUGCUUUCCAUCUCUGCCGUGAGAUUCUCAGGUUGACUAAGCUUGUUGUUGAUGCUAAUGUCCAGUUCCGGCUUGGGAAUGUUGAUGCUUUUCAGUUGGCUGAUGGUUUGCAGUACAUUUUCUCUCACGUUGGACAGUUGACAGGUAUGUAUAGGUAUAAGUACAGGCUUAUGAGGCAGAUCAGGAUGUGCAAGGACUUGAAGCAUUUGAUUUACUACCGUUUCAAUACUGGUCCUGUGGGUAAAGGACCUGGUUGUGGAUUCUGGGCUCCAAUGUGGAGAGUGUGGCUGUUUUUCCUCCGUGGUGUAGUUCCUCUGCUAGAGCGAUGGCUAGGGAAUCUUCUUGGACGUCAGUUUGAAGGGCGUCAUUCGAAGGGAGUGGCGAAAACGGUUACUAAGCAAAGAGUUGAGAGCCAUUUUGACUUGGAGCUACGAGCUGCUGUGAUGCAUGACGUUGUUGAUGCAAUGCCAGAGGGUAUCAAGCAGAAGAAGGUUAAAGUGAUUGGGCAGCAUCUUAGCGAGGCGUGGCGUUGUUGGAAAGCGAAUAUCCCGUGGAAGGUCCCUUGUUUGCCUGUGCCUGUUGAGAAUAUGAUCCUCAGGUAUGUGAAGCAUAAGGCUGAUUGGUGGACGAAUGUGACUCACUACAACCGUGAGCGUAUCAGGAGAGGAGCUACUGUUGAUAACUGUUUGUAG